CACCGACGGAAUGCUCCGAAUUGCCACAUAAUCCCCUGGAACGGCCGCGCCGAACGCCAUUGGCUUUUCCCUUUUCAGCGCGGCGCCGCUGCCGUAUCCCACCUUCGCCUUACCUUCUCCCUCUCAGCUCACUGCCUCCGGAGCUGGGGGGGAAACGAGAAGCCCCACUGCAAUGGAGCCCGCCGCCGCGGCCCCGGCGCAGCGACUCCCCUACCCAGGCUCCGGGGAGGACCGAGCUCCGGCGGUGGCGGCGGCAGCGGCGGCGGCCGGGGGCGGACAGAGUCCGGAGCUGGCGCUGACCCCGGCGGCUGCGAGCUGCGGGAGCGGCGGGGCGCGGGAAGAGGCCCCCAGCGAGGCGCCGCCGGGGCCGCUGCCCGGCAGGGCUGGGGGCACGGGGCGCAGGAGGCGGCGCGGGGCGCCCCAGCCCACCGCUGGCGCGGCUGCUCCGGUGUCCGCGGCCGGCAGCGGCGCCAACUCCCUCCUGCUGAGAAGAGGGCGGCUGAAGAGAAAUUUGUCCGCGGCCGCCGCCGUCUCGUCGUCGUCCUCGUCGUCGUUGUCCUCCUCGGCUGCCUCCUCGAACAGCCCGAGCGCCACCGGCCUCCCCGCCUCCUGCUCGGCCUCGGCAUCGCUCUGCACCCGGAGCUUGGACAGGAAGACGCUGCUCCAGAAGCACAGGCAGCUGCUGCAGCUGCAGCCGUCGGACCGGGACUGGGUGAGACACCAGCUCCAGCGGGGCUGUGUGCACAUCUUCGACCGCCACAUGGCUUCAACGUGCCUGCGCCCGGUGCUCUGCACGCUGGACACCACGGCCGGCGAGGUUGCCGCCCGCCUCCUGCAGCUGGGCCACAAAGGCGGCGGCGUGGUGAAGGUGCUGGGCCAGGGGCCCAGGCCCACAGCCGCUGGGCCUCGGCUCGAGCCCCCUGAAUGCCGAGACUCGGGCGCCGUCGGGGGCCCUCCACGCGCGCCCCCCGCUGACCUGCCGCUGCCAGCCGGCGGCCCCCGCGCCAGCCCCGCGCCCUCUGACUCUAGUCCCGGGGAGCCGCGCCCGGGGGGUGCUGCCUCCCCGCCCGGCGCCCCGCGGCGUCUCGACGGUGUGGUCUCUGACUCCGAGAGCUUCAGCCUGAGCCCCAGCGCCGAGAGCGUGUCUGACCGGCUGGACCCCUACAGCAGUGGCAGCGGUUCCUCGUCUUCGGAGGACCUUGAGGCCAACCCCGGCCAGCCCCGCUGCUCCGGCCGCGCCGCGCAGUCCCGGCCGCCCUCCCCGACGGCUGCCCAGCCUCGGCCGCAGCAGACAGCCUCUGGGGGCGUCGACUGCCGGGACGGGGCGGAUCGCGAAGGGCCUAGGCAGAAGGCGGCAGCGGCAGCCCUGGGGGGGGCCCUAUUGAUCCCCGGGAGGAGCAAAGGGACCUUGGAGAAGGGACCUCUGCCGCCCACCCUAUACAUGCAGCUCCACGGAGAGACCACCCGGCGCCUGGAGGCGGACGAGAAGCCAUUGCAGAUCCAAAAUGAUUACCUCUUCCAACUAGGAUUUGGGGAGCUGUGGAGGGUGCAGGAAGAAGGCAUGGACUCAGAGAUUGGCUGCCUUAUCCGCUUCUAUGCAGGAAAACCUCACAGCACUGGUAGCUCUGAACGGAUUCAGCUCUCAGGAAUGUACAAUGUCCGCAAAGGCAGAAUGCAAUUGCCAGUAAACCGAUGGACCAGACGCCAUGUUAUCCUGUGUGGGACCUGCUUGAUAGUAUCAUCUGUGAAAGACAGCUUGACCGGAAAGAUGCAUGUUCUGCCACUAAUUGGUGGAAAAGUAGAAGAAGUGAAAAAGCACCAGCACUGUUUAUCCUUUAGCUCCUCCGGACCCCAAAGUCAGACUUACUACAUUUGCUUUGAUACUUUCACAGAGUAUUUAAGGUGGCUACGGCAAGUUUCCAAGGUUGCUUCCCAACGCAUUAGCUCAGUGGACCUCUCCUGUUGUAGCCUGGAACAUCUGCCUGCCAACCUCUUCUAUAGCCAAGACCUCACCCAUCUCAAUUUAAAACAAAACUUCCUAAGGCAAAACCCCAGCCUCCCGGCUGCCAGGGGGCUCAAUGAACUGCAAAGGUUCACCAAGUUGAAGAGUCUUAACCUUUCCAAUAAUCAUCUAGGAGACUUCCCCUUAGCAGUCUGCAGUAUUCCAACUCUGACAGAGCUGAACAUGUCCUGCAAUGCCCUGCGAGCAGUCCCGGCCGCUGUGGGGGCAAUGCACAAUUUGCAGACUUUUUUGUUGGAUGGAAACUUUCUCCAGUCCCUUCCUGCUGAGUUGGAGAACAUGCACCAGCUCAGUUAUCUUGGACUUUCAUUCAAUGAAUUCACUGACAUUCCAGAGGUAUUGGAAAAAUUAACUGCUGUGGAUAAACUCUGUAUGUCUGGAAACUGUAUGGAGACCCUUAGGCUACAGGCUUUAAGAAGAAUGCCUCACAUUAAACAUGUGGACCUAAGAUUGAAUAUAAUUAGGAAACUUACAGCAGAUGAAGUGGAGUUUCUGCAGCACAUCACUCAGCUUGAUCUUCGAGACAAUAAACUUGGUGAUCUAGAUGCUAUGAUUUUCAACAACAUUGAAGUUCUACACUGUGAAAGGAAUCAGUUGGUGACGCUAAACAUUUGUGGCUAUUACUUAAAAGCACUCUAUGCUGCUUCUAAUGAACUUGUUCGACUUGAUGUUUACCCAGUUCCAAAUUAUCUGUCCUACAUGGAUGUUUCAAGGAACCACUUAGAAAAUGUGCCUGAAUGGGUAUGUGAAAGCCGAAAGCUAGAAGUUUUGGAUAUUGGCCAUAAUCAAAUAUGCGACCUUCCUGCCCACGUGUUUUGUAAUAGUAGUCUCCGUAAACUGCUAGCAGGACACAACCAGUUGGCACGGUUGCCUGAAAGAUUGGAGAGAACUUCAGUGGAGGUCUUAGAUAUACAGCACAACCAGCUCAUUGAACUACCACCUAACCUUCUGCUGAAGGCCGACAGCCUGAGAUUCCUGAAUGCAUCUGCAAACAAACUGGAAACCCUUCCUCCAGCUACACUUUCUGAAGAGACAAACAGUAUCUUACAAGAGUUGUAUUUGACAAAUAACAACCUCACAGAUAAAUGUGUGCCCUUAUUAACAGGACACCCCCAUCUGAAGAUCCUUCACAUGGCCUAUAACCGACUUCAGAGUUUUCCAGCAAGUAAAAUGGCAAAACUGGAGGAACUUGAAGAAAUUGAUAUCAGUGGGAAUAAACUGAAAGCCAUCCCAACAACGAUCAUGAAUUGCAGGCGCAUGCACACUGUGAUUGCUCACUCCAAUUCCAUUGAAGUCUUUCCUGAAGUUAUGCAGCUCCCAGAAAUCAAGACGGUCUCUUGUUUCCACUUGUUCCUUCAGUGUGUGGACCUGAGCUGUAAUGAGCUAAGCGAAGUCACUUUACCAGAAAACCUGCCUCCCAAACUCCAAGAACUUGACCUGACUGGAAACCCCCGCCUUGCCCUUGACCACAAAACAUUGGAACUGCUGAAUAACAUCCGCUGCUUCAAGAUUGAUCAGCCUUCAUCAGGAGAUGCAUCUGGAGCCCCAGCUGUAUGGAGUCAUGGUUACACUGAAGCUUCAGGGAUGAAAAACAAGUUGUGUGUUGCAGCUCUGUCUGUGAAUAACUUCUGUGACAACCGAGAGGCCCUGUAUGGAGUAUUUGAUGGAGACCGGAAUGUGGAAGUGCCUUACCUUCUGCAGUGUACCAUGAGUGACAUUUUGGCCGAAGAGCUGCAGAAAACUAAAAAUGAAGAAGAAUACAUGGUCAAUACGUUCAUUGUUAUGCAAAGAAAACUUGGAACUGCUGGACAGAAACUUGGAGGUGCUGCUGUCCUUUGUCACAUCAAACAUGACCCUGUGGACCCAGGAGGAUCCUUUACCUUGACCUCUGCUAAUGUUGGCAAGUGCCAAACGGUUCUCUGUCGAAAUGGGAAGCCGCUGCCUCUGUCCAGAUCAUAUGUCAUGAGCUGUGAAGAAGAGCUGAAGAGAAUUAAGCAGCACAAGGCCAUUAUCACUGAGGAUGGCAAGGUGAAUGGAGUGACUGAGUCCACACGCAUCCUGGGCUACACCUUCCUCCACCCCAGUGUGGUACCUCGCCCCCAUGUGCAGUCCGUGCUCCUGACUCCCCAGGAUGAGUUCUUCAUCCUGGGCAGUAAGGGGUUAUGGGACAGCUUGUCCAUCGAGGAGGCUGUGGAGGCUGUGCGCAAUGUGCCUGAUGCCCUGGCUGCUGCCAAGAAGCUGUGCACCCUGGCCCAGAGCUACGGCUGCCAUGAUAGCAUCAGUGCUGUGGUCGUACAGCUCAGCGUCACCGAGGACAGCUUCUGUUGCUGUGAGCUCAGUACUGGUGGGAGUGUCCCACCACCCAGCCCAGGCAUCUUCCCUCCCUCGGUCAACAUGGUGAUCAAGGAUCGGCCCUCUGAUGGGCUGGGUGUGCCAUCCUCCAGCAGCGGCAUGGCGUCUGAGAUCAGUAGUGAGCUCUCCACUUCGGAGAUGAGUAGUGAGGUAGGGUCAACAGCCUCUGAUGAGCCCCCACCUGGAGCCCUGAAUGAGAGCAGCUCUGCCUAUCCAAGUGAGCAACGCUGCACGCUCCACCCUAUCUGUCUGUCCAACUCCUUUCAGCGCCAGCUGUCCAGCGCCACUUUCUCCAGCGCCUUCUCAGACAAUGGUCUUGACAGUGAUGAUGAAGAACCAAUUGAGGGUGUCUUCACCAAUGGCAGCCGGGUGGAAGUGGAGGUAGACAUCCACUGUAUUCGGGCCAAGGAGAAGGAGAAGCAGCAGCACCUGCUGCAGGUGCCAGCUGAGGCCAGUGAUGAAGGGAUUGUCAUCAGCGCCAACGAGGAUGAGCCAGGUCUUCCCAGGAAGGCGGACUUUUCUUCUGUGGGAACCAUUGGGCGCCGCAGGGCUAAUGGCUCUGUAGCACCCCAGGAAAGGAGCCACAAUGUGAUUGAGGUCGCUGCAGAUGCCCCUCUUCGGAAGUCUGGGGGUUAUUUUGCUGCCCCAGCUCAACCGGAUCCUGAUGAUCAGUUUAUCAUACCCCCAGAGCUGGAAGAGGAAGUCAAAGAGAUCAUGAAACAUCACCAGGAGCAGCAGCAGCAGCCACCACAGAUACAGCAGCAGCCACUACAGCGGCAGUUUCAGAUGGACCAGCUGCCAGACUAUUACGAUACACCACUAUGACCCAGUCUGAGUACUGUUUUAAAAAAUAAACUAACCCAGAAAGACUGAGUUGUAAGAGUCUCCCAGGCUCACAUUAAACCAGGGGUUUUACUCCAUGUCCUUCUCCCACAUACUGUCCCCAACCUAUCUUUUCAGCUAAUCUGUAGGUUCUCUUUCUGUUGGUUAUUUUUUAAAUAAUUACCACUUUUCUUCUAGUGAUGCUUUACCAAUAUGAUUUAAAUUUGUUAGCUUCUUUCCCUAACAUAUCAGAUGUGUAAAGACAAAGAACAAAAGGUUUAAUAUAUUACAGAGAAAUGGUUAAUGAUAAUGUAAUAUUUUUUAAAAUGGGUUUUUGUUUUGUUUGUUUGGAAGGCAGGGCAAGUUGCCAUUGCUAAGUGAUUUAAUAAUAUAAUUCUCUUUCUUGGGGGGGGGGUGCUUUUUUGUCUUGAAAAUGAUAGACAUUUGUAGAAUAUGGAGACUAACUCCUAGGAGUUGCUUUACUCUGUCAGGUGACUUAAGUCACUGGGAUUCACUAAUUUUCUCUGAGAGAACAGUUGAUUGAGAAAUUUCUGUUGUAAAUAGCUCAGUGUUAUAUAGUGAUGCUUAAAAUGUUUUGUAGUAUUGGCAUAAGGACACAGCCUACAUAACUGACUUUUCCUUCCCUUCUGAUGAGCCUUCCCUACCCAUCCCCAGCCCCAGCUCACCUUCCAGGUGGAGGCCGGGCAGCCAGCACAUUGCUAUUCAGAUGAGGCAGCUCUGAGGCCACUGGAUGAGAGCUUGCACUGAGGGGCCCGGAACCAGUUUCUUUCCUCUCCUGGCCCCAUUCUCUUGACUUUUGCAGACACUUUUUAACUGUGUUCCUUACUGCUGCCACAAUCAGCAUGACUGUAUAGCGUUCCAUUAGACCAUUUACAUACCCAGAGUUAUAUUAAAGCAGAAUGCACAAAUGGACAUGUCAUAAUUUUGUUAUAAUAAAUAUGAAAUUUACAAGUAUUGGG